AUGGACCGCAUCUUCCGCCCUGCGAAGCCCUCAUCUCCGCAGCUCGAGGAGGUUGGAGCCAAAGCCGGAUUUUGGAGCGAGAAUUUGGAGCAAUUCUCAAAGCCUCCGAAAGUAUUCGAAAACAAAGGAUCAACAUCCAAGGCCAAGGAGAAGAGAGCCAAAGCGAUCGCCGAGGAUGAAUCAAAACGAGGCGAGUCUUGCAAGAAAGGAGAGCCUGUAUACCUCACUGUCACUGUUGGCAAAGGGUCCGCUCUGCGCUUCCAAUGGAAAGACGCGAAAGGGUCAAUCGGGAGCAUUGACAAGGUCACAUUCGAGCCUGGUUGGGACGUAGACAGAGCCGAAUUCGAAGCCAAACUGGCCUACGACAGUUACUGGGGCUACGAGAUGGGACAAUACAAUCACCGACUGGUUGUCUACACAGGCCGUCUACACAGGCCGUCUCAUACUCCGAACAUCCGCUCAGGCUAA